AUGCUUCACACCAGAGACAACUCCUUUCCAAGCAGCAGCGCAGGCGUCCCAGCAUCCUACGAAACACCAGCACUAGCAGACCUCCAGAGACUGAUUUGGUUCAGAGGAGGGUCUGAUAACCAUGUGGACCAAGUCUGGCCAAAUAUUUACCUGGGAGAUGCGUGGGCUGCUAGGAGUAUAACUACUAUUCAAAGCCUCAACAUAACUCAUAUCCUUAAUGCAGCGGAUGGGCCAUAUAGCAUCAACACAGGAGCCAAAUAUUACAAAGAUCUGCAAAUAGAGUACUUCGGAAUAGAAGCAUUUGAUGAUCCUUCCUUUGAUUUAAGUAUCUUCUUCUACGAUGCUGCCAAUUUCAUAGGCAAAGCCUUAAACACUUCAGGAGGUAAAGUUUUUGUUCACUGUGCCAUGGGGGUGAGCCGCUCUGCAACAUUAGUGCUUGCCUUUUUGAUGAUCCAUGAAAACAUGACGCUCGUGGACGCUCUGAAAACAGUGGGUUCUCACAGAGACAUCUGCCCAAACACAGGGUUUCUCAGCCAGCUGCGAGAACUGGACAUUAAAUUAAGCGAAGAGAGGAAAAGAACCAGAGAAUCUGCUAGCAAAGCAUUGUAA